UCGUUACGGUUGAUUAAGCCUAGCUUGCAACAUACACAACACAAGAGGAUGAGAUGAGGCAGUAAAAUGUGCCAAGAGACACAGUAGAAUCAAGGACUAUUAGGCCCUAACUGGCUUUGUUUUAGGUCUGCUGGACAGAGCAUGUUGUAGGGCUAAGUUGUUAAACAAGAUUUUCCAAAAGAAAAAAUGGACAGUAAAUUGACAGGUAGUGAAGGCAACAAAGCAGAAAUUGGAAAAUGGAUUGCUGAAACCAAACGACUUCAAAAACUGCUGGAUGAACUUGACUGCAUAAAUGAAGAUGGACAGUACGUGAGAAAACGAGCUCAGUGGACUGCGAUUGCACUCACUUGUCGUAAUAAGGUUGAUGCCCAUGUCUAUCAAAGAGAACUUGAAAUGCGAAAGAAAAAGGGUCUUAUUGAUAAGAAUGUUGUGAUAGUAACAGUUGAAGAUCCAGAGGGCAGUGUUGGAAGCGGAGGCGCUACAUUGAAUGCAUUACUCGUCCUGGCUGAACAUCUAAGUGCUAAGAAGAAUUUUACGGUACUGAAUGUUGAUGUUUUAUCUGGGGCCAGGAUAUUAAUUCUUCACGUGGGGAGUGACUAUGUCUUUGAUGCUUGCAGCAAAGCAUUUGUAACGCUACCAGUCACUAUGAAAACGAUAGAAGAAGAAGGCUAUGACUCUCUUGUCUGUAACCUUGACUACAUAUUACACUUUAUGACAUUUAAAAUUGCUGUCAAUGCUCCCCCUGGUGUGUGGGUAUGCAGUACGGAAAUGCUGUUGAACAUUCCAGAUGAUGUGGACCUUAACUGGAAAAAUUUCCAGGGAGUGCGGGCAAUUACUGUACCAGCCAGUGUGGAGUACGCAUUGAAUCAUGGUGUUUAUAAAAUUGAUAAGGAAGGACAAAUUGAGGAUAUUAUCUACAAGGGAAAAGCCAACACCCUCCAGCAGUGUGCACUGCCUGAUGGGAAGGUUCCACUUGUUGCCGGUAUUGUGUUUCUCUCUGAAAAGGUGUCAGAAAAGUUAGCCUCCUUUUGUGUCACACCACCGCUGGAUGCCUGUACAUUUAAUGGUCUUGAUAGUGGCGUCAAAUUGAUUUCGCUUUCCUUGUUUUUUGAUGUGCUAUUGUGCAUGGCAAGUGAAGUGAAUGAAGAAGAUUUCAUAUCAGGCAAUCGAAUGCAGAAGCGCAAUACAGGCAUAAAUGAGAAUGAAUUGGACAAGAAAAAUAUAACCAGGGCUUUAAGUCUCAUCUGGAAAAAUCUCAGAGGCAUCAGGUUACAAGCAGAACUUAUUCAAGAAGGCAGCUAUAAUUAUUUCACCAAAGAUGCAUCUGAAUUUCGAAGGUACCUAAUGAUGUGCCCUCUCCAAUCAGAUCAAGAUAAAUUUUUCAGUUGGACCAACCGGAAACAUUGUCAUAUCCAGAAACCUGAGAUGAUUGAUGAGCCUAGUGUGGUAAUUAACUCUGUACUGGAAGGUGAUGUUAAAGUUGGCGUAAACUGUGUCAUCUCACACUGUAAAAUCAAGGGCAAUAUGAAUAUUGGGAAAAAUUCUAUGCUGUAUGGAGUUGAUCUAACAGAUUUUGUGGAUAACAUAGAAUUUGAUGCUGGCAUAGUCUUCCAGGGAUUCAAUAUUCAACUUGGAGGUGAAAGGAAACAGAAAACUCGUGUUUAUACCAUCAUGGGCAAGAUGGACCAUUUACAAAACCCUUUUGUUAAAGGAAAGUUGUUAUUUUGCAAUGAACCAUGGGUAAUGUUCAGCAACAGAACUGGAAUAUUGGCAGAAGACUUAUGGGCACCUGAUCUAUCGGACUAUGAUCAGACUUUGUUUAAUGCAAAACUAUUCCCAGUAUGGCAUCAUACAAAGACGGUUGGUAUCCAAGAGGUCCUAUGGUUGGUUGUUGGGAAGCAAGAUCCAGUAAUGCUUGCUAGGUGGCGCUCUUCAUGGCGACUCUCAUUUGAGGAUAUUAUGUGUUCUAUUGAUCAUGCUAAUGAAUUUGAUUGGAGGAGAGAGUUAUUCUAUGAAGUUAGUAGACAUCAUAUAUGGGAUGUUCUUCAGAAUGGUACCGACGAUGGCCUUCAAAAACUUUUCAAGAGUUUGGUCACGGAAAACUAUGCAGAUCAACUACUGGAUGUACUUGACGAAGUUGCUAGUACGUCUUCGUCAAAUGGUGUUGCAGCCAGAACGCUUGUGUGUAUUGCUGGUGUACUUGGGGCCUUGGCCAACAAUGAGGGCGGUCUUCGCAGUGGCCCUGCUGCAAAUACAGAGUGGCAACCAGCAUUCCAGUUACUUGAGAGUGAAAGAAUCGCAGAGGGUGUUAAACUUCUGAAGAAAGUGCGUAGUGAUUGGAUGAACCAACCUGUGAGACUUGUGAGGGCAGCGCGUCAUUAUGAAGGUGCUGCACAGAUCUUAAUCCGACAUGCUGUUAUGUCUGCUAGGAAUUUUAUAUCAACUACCCCUUGUGAACCACCAGCAAUGGGAAAAUGGGUGACUGUCAGUUGUCCAGCACGCAUUGACAUAUCUGGUGGUUGGUCAGAUACUCCACCAAUCACGUAUGAGAGUGGAGGUGCUGUGAUUGAUGCUGCCAUCCAAUUGAAUGGAAAGCGCCCAAUAGGUGCAAAAUGCAAAAAAAUUCCUGAACCACAUAUAUCACUGGUACUGAAGAGUAAUUACAGUCCAAGUGUCGCUCUGGAGUGCAAUCUUCUUGAUGAUCUUCAAGAUUAUAAUAAUCCACAAGCCCCAGGUGCACUUCUGAAGGCAGCCUUCAUCUGUGCUGAGGUCGUAGCGUUUCCAUCUGACGUGUCCCUUUCUGAUCAGCUUCAGUCACGGUAUGGUGGUGGAUUUGAGCUGCAUACCUGGUCUGAUGUUCCUCAUGGCUCAGGUCUGGGGACCAGUAGUAUUUUAGCAGGAGCUGUGAUAGCUGUUCUGUGGAGAAUUUCAGGAAAAUCCUAUGACCAUUCGUCACUCAUACAUGCCGUUCUUCACUUUGAACAAAUUUUGACAACUGGUGGCGGUUGGCAAGACCAAGUUGGAGGCCUAACUGGAGGUAUCAAUAUUGGACAUUGUAAAGCAGGGUUACCUUUGAAAGUUGACAUCACACAUGUGGACAUCUCAGACAAUAUGCUGGCCAAAUUUAAUAACCAGUUUGUACUGGUUUACACUGGAAAAACCCGCCUUGCUAGAAAUCUGCUUCAAGAAGUUGUAAGAAAUUGGUAUGCACGGAUUCCACAAGUAGUUGACAAUGUGCAGAAUCUGAAGACCAAUGCCUGGCUGUGCUUUGAUGCCUUUAAAGAAGGUAAUCUGGAAAAAAUUGGUGCAUGUAUGAACACUUACUGGGAACAAAAGAAAAUCUUAGCAACUGGAUGCGAGCCUAGCACUGUCAAAAACAUGAUGGAUGCCCUCAGACCUCAUGCAUAUGGACAAAUAUUAGCAGGAGCUGGUGGUGGUGGAUUCCUGUGUGUUGUUACCAAAGAAAUCAAUGGCUAUGAUGUAGUGAAAACUGCUCUUAAAGAUUUUGAGGAUGAGAUUGAAGUAUUUAAAGUUGUGCUAGACCAAGCAGGGAUACUAGUGGAGGUAGAAGAAUAGAUCAUGGUAAUGCUCAACAAGUUCAAACAGAGCCUACUGCCAAAGGCCUAGAAGCAGUUGUUGAAAGCGAUUAUACAGUUAUACAGGGUACUGUAUAGCGUAGUGUCUUUUAUUGAUCCCAGCUACAUGUCUUCCAAUCAUGACGGCUUUUAUAAAUGAAUAUAACAAUUGUGAUAAUGUGUAAAAUUUAUACCGGUACUACAGAUCCUUCAUGCACUGCCAGAUGAUGAUUUUUUAGCAUUGGUGGCGCCAGGCACCUGAUGAGGGAUUGACAUGCACUUCAACCUCGCCAUGGUUGGUGCUGAGCACAUUUUUUUAAUAGGCUUUUUAAAGCAGUCUUCUUAGACAAAAUGAUUGGCUCCUGCAAAAGAGGGUCCAGGGUUCCCUGAUGAAGGGUCAUGUGUCCUUGACCCCUACUCUGUCACCACGAUUGGCACGAUUGACACAUGGCCAAGGCGUAUCACAGAACUUGAUGUUGAUGGACCUCGUUCACAAGGUCAUCCACUUAAGUCAUGGCA